AUGGUUGUGGCGUGUGCAGGGCCGCUGCAGUGGUUCACAGAAGUCGGGUACGGGCUGCUGGGGGUGGUGUGCACAGCCGUUGCGCUGUCGGGGAUCUUCUACCCCAGCACGUGGGGCCCGAGUGCCCUGACCAUGGAAGUUAGUCCUUUUGUUGGCCACAUUCAACAACUGAACGCAACAUUCUUCCUUUUCGUUGGGUUCUUCGCAUUCUGCGUCAAGGAUGCUGUGGCAAAGAAACGCCUGGGGUCUGCCACGUACAGGCGAAUGGCCCAAUGGUUAGCCUUGGAGAGGCUCGCAAACCUGGCGUUCAAGUACCCUCUCUUGAAGGCUGGCGCGGCCAUGUCAACUUGGCUGGCAGCCGUCACGAUUGGAACGCCCGUGGCGGCCGCGCUCCUCUACAUUCUGGCAUUCAACAGCCUGCCAUUCAACCCUUUCCAAAUCAUCGGCAGCGGCCUGCAGAUGGCCAGAUCCCUGCUCGACCCCAAGAGCGGACCUGCCAUUCUGUAUUCAGUGAUCACUGCGGUAUUCUGUGCCUUUGUGGUUUGGUUCCUUGUGGACCCUUCCGUGGCGGGGCCCCUGACGCUGGCGAGCUAUUCCCAUGCCAAGGGCCUGACAACAUCCCUUGCAGUUAAGGAUAUUGCAGUGGUGCGCGACCUGGGCCUGUUCCUCUCUUACUACGCUGCCUCAGCUUUCAUUUUGAAGGACGCGGCUGACAGGGACCGGCUGGCGGCGUCCACCUUCAAGAGCCUGAACCUGACCGUUGCCACUGUGGCGCUCAUCAACAGUGCAUUCAAGUUCUAUCAUUAUUGGGCUACCAAGCAGAGCAUCGCCUGGUCGGUGUGGCCGACCAUCUUUGUAGGCCUCCACAGUUCCUGGCACUAUUUUAAUGCACGUAAGCCCUCCGAGUGA